GUUGUGGGAGAUGGGCCCACUUAGGUGCAUCCCCGAAAACCUUAAAGUAUGUAUUGCAUCCAGUGAAUGGCAAAACUCAACUUCAAGAUUAAUUAUCAAACUUGAGAUAAAUUUCUCAGUAACCCCAGUUUUAAAGAAAACUCAAAGUCAAAAUAUUCGAUCAGGACCACUAUAAUAUAAUCACUGAUCGAUAAUUACAAACGAAUCUUAUAGCGAAAAAUUGCUCUUGUUGACAGUCAGUCCUCAGGAUUAGCUAUUGGUGAACACCAACUUUUGAUUACCGAUAGAGUUUUGCCUACUUGUUUUGCUUCACUGUAAAUGAACUUGUCGUGAAUCAAUGUUGAUGCAUAAUAUUUGAUAUAUAAUGGGGACAUUUUGCUAAGAUAUCAGAUAAUGCAGUUUAAAUUUGAAAAAACUUAAACCACCUAGAAAAGUAAAAAGAUGCUCAAAAGACCACAGGUUCAGGAAAAGGUACAAGCAUUUAAUGGCCUCUCAGAAUUGCUGUCAUUGACUGACUUUGGGUUUGGUAGCGAUUUCAUAAAUCAUAGUAAGUUUUAGAUGAGCCAUUAUGUGAGUAAUCCAGUGUUUGUGAUGGUGGAAGGGAUGCAAUUCUAACAGCGUCAAAGUCAAAGUAAUUUGUUAGAUGACUUCAAACUGCACUUUCAUUUUAACCGCACGUAAAAGCAUUCUCAGAUCAUUGAUUUAUUUCCAUCGUCCGAUAUUCUAUCAAUUUUGAUUUUGAUUUUUCGAUCUCUCAAUUUCAUGGAUUGAUUCACUCUUAUAUUAAGAUCGGUAACUUAUAAUCUUUGUAUGAACAGUUAAUUUUUCUGUCAUCAUUUAUAUAUUUCAUUGCUAUUAGGGCACUAUUUAAUUACCAAUUCUGUAACUUUCCUCGAACCAAAUUUCAUAUUCCACCCGCAGUAUGUGACUAUUGGUAGUAUUCGCAAUGAACGCUACCACAACACCGAAUAUGCCAUCAACCAAGCAGGUCAAGCUUUUAUUUCAAGCUUUAUUUCCCCCUAAAUCCGCUUCAACACCGCUGCGAUUAACGUGUCACUUAAUUUCAACAGUUGCCUACAGUCUACAGAAGCUGUACUAUAAGGUGUGAAAUUUUCGUUUCUCUAGAAACGUACUACUGACUACUAGGACAAUGAGGCCAUAUUUCAUACGGUCUACAAAAAACACGGCCCGGCCAUUUCACCGGGAAGUUGGUUAGCUCUCCCAAUUUAUCCACGCGUAAGAAUAAUGCAGGAGGCGACAAUUGAGUCCAAUUAAAGUUUAAAAGUGAAAUUUAGUGGCAGGACGAUGGCAUUGCUUUUAAAACAGUUCCUGGUACAUUCGUCUAUGAAAGGGAGCCAUUCGACAAAAGGUGAACACUCACCACCGAAUAAUAUCAAGCCACCAACCAGGUGAUGACAAUUCGACAAUUUACCCGACAAAAAGAACUACUUAAAUAAAAAUUUGCGGUAAGUGUUUGGUAGUGACGCUGUUAAAGAUUGGCAAGCUGGCAAUUUAAUGUUCCUCAAACAUGUGAUGAACGUAAUUUCUGACAUAUGACUGAGAAGAGAAGAAAGGCCACAUUAUUAACUGUUAAACAUAUGUGUGGAGAGAAAGAUAGAGAGAGAAUGAGGGCCGGGGAAGUGUACAUAACUGCCGUACUACUGCAAUAUAAAUUGCAUUAAAUACGUGUUGAGACACACGCACUUAUUAUAGUACAACUCUUGCUUCAGCUCUAUAUAAGUAUAUAGGCGUGUACAUUGUGUGUCGUUGUUGUUGCGUUGUUGAGGGAGUUGAGAGCUGGAGCUACCGAUGGAAUGUCAGUAGAGUAAUAUACUGUAUCAUCCGAGCUAACGUUGGGAUCCACUCCGCGCAAACACAGUCUCUGUCGAUUCUUCUUUUUUCCGUGUCAGACUCUCUAAAUUUGUCGCUCUUCUCUUAUGACCAUGGCGUCGGUUGCGAGACGGCCUCAGGUCCAGCAAAAGGCUGGGCUCUUUGAGGCAUACCAACUAGGGGGCGAAGUCCCGGAAUUACGAACAGUCGACUCGUCGACUGCAGAUGCUACAGAAAAUCUGGGAAAUGAUAAUCCAAAUAAACUCGGAUCCCAGGCUGUCAAAGCCCAUCCCUCCUUGAUAGAGUACAUCACCAGCAACUACUAUGAUCGGGUUAUGAAGGUCGUCAUCAAAGACGGAUAUUUCUGUUUAGCAUUUUGCCUGGGGCCUGACCAGAGUUGGGAGGAUGACUACGAUGAUAUGGUAUUGGAACUGCUAGAUGAUGACGAAAGUUGUUUUAUAAUCUACAGACUAGACGAGGCACGUGGAAGACAUUUUGAACACGUGCUGAUCACAUGGCAACCGGAAGAUGCUCCCGUGUCUGACAGGGCUGCAUACACCACAUCUAAAUCAAACCUAAUCGAGCUCUACGAAGAAGGGACAUUCACUUACCGCCUAACCGGAGCAAAUGACUGUGACGUAGAUUUCAACGCUUUGAAAUACGUGAUGAUGUCUGAGGGAGAGAUCGAACCACUUAGCAAGUAUGAAGAACUCAAACGAGAGGCCGUUUCAGAAGAGGAGGUCGCCCGAAGCAGACAGAUGAAGAAGAUUCCAGAUAUAGAUAUGCAAGUUGAUGAUGAUGCUAUAAAAGAGAUCAAUAAAUUUGUGAAAGGUUUCAUCAACUUCGUACAAUUCGGUAUUGACAACAAAAAAGAGGUGAUCCGCUGCUCUGACAGCAGAAACGUGAAUGUCGAUGAAUUACCCGACAAGAUGCCAGAAGCAGUUCCACGAUUUAACCUCUACAGAUACAGUCACGUUAAAGACGGCAAAUUUACCGAAUUUGUGCCAGUGUUUAUCUACUACGUUCCGGAGGAGGGAACAGCCAAAUCUAAGAGUCUGUACCCCUGUGCAAUCGACGGAUUCUUGAAGAAGCUGCAAAGUUAUGGAGCAGACAUAAAGCUUCGGCUGGAGUUCUCAGAUCUACACGACAUGACGGAGGGAGUUCUGUACGAGCUGAUAUACCCACCAGACCGGUCGGAGCUGGAGAAGUCAUUCCGAGAGAUCAAACCUAAGAAACACGCUGGCAAGCGGGGCGGCUGGGUUAAAGUCCUACCCGUUUAACGUCCUCCACGUGAUCCUUACUCACUCACCGCGUGAUUAGUGGGAUGAUCAAUGGGAUUGAGACUGUUUUGGGCACUUAACAAAAAAUUAUCGAUGUAGGGUGAUAACUUCAGGCCGGAAAAUUCGGUCAAGGACUUCAAAAGGGCAGAAAAAUAGCUAAAAGCAGAUUAUAAGAAUUAAUUUAUUCAAGAUUUUACCGGAGUACCAUCUCUUUAUAGCAGGGCCUGCAAAGCAAGCAAUUAAACAAGUUCAAGUAUUCGCAAAAGGUUGGAAAACUGUUAUAUUCGUCAGGUAAAAGUAGAUCAGAAUUUUUCGGCCAUCACAUGAAUAGAUGUUUGUCAGAAUUCUAAGAAGCAUGUCUAAAUUAUCAUGGUGUAUACAAUUUUUUCUGAAACAUACUAUUUAUUUUAUGUAUAUCGAGGGUGAAUUUAUCAUGCAUAAUUAUUUGGAUUGGAGUAUUCAUUUCUGUUCACGACAAACCAAUCUUAAGAUUAGUUAAAACUGAAAGACGCUGAGUUGAUAUUUGACUUGUAGCUAGUGAAUCAAUGUAAUAAUAUUGCUGUUCAAUUCCAUAUAUAAAGAAAGUAAUUAUGAUAUUGCGUUUCUUAAGAGUAAAACAUUUUCAGACCCCUGACCCUUGAUAGCAGCAGGCCAUGUUCUUUGAGGAGUAGCUUAUUGAAUACAGAAAAGUAAUUGACCACUACGCUCACAGUUUGAUUUGACAUGAUCUGAAUGAGUUAAUGAUAUACGCAUACAUUAUGCAUAUUAUGCAUACUAUAUGCAUCAGUUUAUGAUAAUAUACACUUGUUUUCCAGUAGUUAUGCGAUAAAAUAGUAAUUUCA